CCGGGCGCUGGGCUCCCUUCUGCCGGUCCCGCCCUCCGUCGCGGCGGCGCGGUGCACCCUGGGAUAGGGAGCGAUCUCCGAGCGAGGCAGCAAGAUGGACGCGGGAUUCUUCCGCGGGACAAGUGCGGAGCAGGAUAAUCGGUUCAGCAACAAACAGAAGAAACUCCUCAAGCAGCUGAAAUUUGCAGAAUGCCUAGAAAAAAAGGUGGACAUGAGCAGAGUAAACUUGGAGGUUAUAAAGCCUUGGAUAACAAAAAGAGUGACUGAGAUCCUCGGAUUCGAAGAUGAUGUUGUGAUUGAGUUUAUAUUCAACCAGCUGGAAGUGAAGAACCCAGAUUCCAAAAUGAUGCAAAUCAACCUGACUGGAUUUUUGAAUGGGAAGAAUGCUAGAGAAUUCAUGGGAGAACUGUGGCCCCUGCUGUUAAGUGCACAGGAAAACAUCGCCGGAAUCCCUUCUGCUUUCCUAGAGUUGAAGAAGGAAGAGAUAAAGCAGAGACAAAUCGAACAAGAAAAAUUGGCAUCUCUGAAAAAACAAGAUGAAGAUAAAGAUAAGAGGGAUAAGGAAGAAAAAGAAAGCAGCAGAGAGAAGAGGGAGCGGUCUCGCAGCCCAAGAAGACGCAAAUCCAGAUCUCCUUCCCCUAGAAGACGAUCUUCCCCUGUCAGGAGAGAGAGAAAGCGCAGUCACUCUCGAUCUCCCCGUCACAGAACCAAGAGCCGGAGCCCUUCACCUGCCCCGGAAAAGAAGGAGAAAUCUCCAGAGCUCCCAGAGCCGUCAGUGAGAAUGAAAGACUCUUCAGUACAGGAGGCCACAUCUACGAGUGACAUCCUGAAAGCUCCCAAGCCUGAGCCUGUACCAGAGCCCAAAGAACCGACUCCAGAAAAAAACUCCAAAAAGGAAAAGGAAAAGACUCGACCAAGAUCUCGGUCACGAUCCAAAUCACGGUCUCGCACCCGUUCUCGAUCACCUUCUCAUACUAGACCACGACGGCGACAUAGAUCCCGAUCGAGAUCAUACUCUCCUAGAAGGCGGCCAAGCCCAAGAAGACGACCAUCUCCCCGAAGAAGAACUCCACCAAGACGGAUGCCUCCUCCGCCAAGGCACAGGAGGAGUAGGUCUCCAGGGAGACGGAGGAGGCGUUCUUCUGCAUCACUCUCUGGAAGUAGCUCGUCCUCCUCUUCAUCUCGUUCCCGGUCACCGCCAAAGAAGCCUCCCAAGAGGACAUCCAGCCCUCCUCGGAAAACGCGUAGGUUGUCACCUUCGGCAAGUCCUCCACGGCGAAGGCACCGGCCAUCGUCUCCGGCAACUCCACCGCCCAAAACUCGCCAUUCCCCAACUCCCCAGCAGUCAAACCGUACAAGAAAAAGUCGUGUUUCUGUGUCUCCAGGAAGAACCUCUGGUAAAGUGACAAAACAUAAAGGUACUGAGAAAAGAGAGUCGCCUUCUCCAGCUCCUAAGCCUAGAAAAGUGGAGUUGUCUGAGUCUGAAGAAGACAAAGGCAGCAAAAUGGCUGCAGCUGAUUCUGUGCAGCAGAGGCGACAAUACAGACGACAGAACCAGCAGUCUUCAUCUGACUCUGGCUCCUCUUCCACCUCAGAAGAUGAGCGGCCCAAGAGAUCCCAUGUGAAGAAUGGUGAGGUAGGCAGGCGGCGGAGACAUUCCCCUUCUCGGAGUGCCUCUCCAUCACCUCGCAAGCGCCAAAAAGAGACUUCCCCUCGGAUGCAGAUGGGAAAGCGAUGGCAGUCACCAGGGACCAAAAGUAGUAGAAGGAGGAGAAGUCCCUCCCCACCUCCUGCCAGAAGGCGCCGAUCUCCUUCUCCAGCCCCUCCUCCUCCUCCCCCGCCUCCUCCUCGGCGGCGCAGAUCUCCUACACCCCCACCACGACGAAGGACCCCUUCUCCUCCCCCACGCCGCCGCUCUCCGUCUCCAAGAAGAUACUCCCCCCCCAUCCAGAGGAGAUAUUCUCCUUCCCCACCUCCUAAGAGGAGAACUGCCUCACCUCCACCCCCGCCCAAGCGAAGGGCGUCACCAUCUCCUCCACCAAAGCGCCGGGUUUCCCACUCUCCACCUCCUAAACAAAGAAGCCCCCCAGUCACCAAGAGACGCUCACCCUCCUUAUCUUCAAAGCAUAGGAAAGGGGCGUCCCCAGGCCGCUCCACCCGGGAGGCCCGGUCACCACAACCAAACAAACGCCAUUCGCCCUCACCACGGCCUCGGGCUCCUCAGACCUCAAGCCCUCCCCCUGUACGAAGAGGAGCUUCAGCGUCACCCCAAGGAAGGCAGUCCCCAUCUCCAAGUACUAGGCCUAUUAGGAGAGUCUCCAGGACUCCGGAGCCCAAAAAGAUAAAAAAGGCCGCCUCACCAAGCCCUCAGUCCGUAAGAAGGGUUUCAUCCUCCAGAUCUGUCUCUGGAUCUCCUGAACCAGCAGCUAAAAAGCCUCCAGCACCUCCCUCUCCUGUGCAGUCUCAAUCACCCUCCACAAACUGGUCACCUGCAGUACCAGCCAAGAAGGCUAAAAGCCCAACACCAAGCCCGUCCCCUGCCAGGAAUUCUGAUCAAGAAGGAGGUGGAAAGAAAAAGAAGAAGAAGAAGGACAAGAAACACAAGAAGGAUAAGAAACACAAGAAGCACAAAAAACACAAGAAGGAGAAGGCUGUGGCCGUAGCCACCCCAGCUCCUGCCGCCCCUGCAGCUGUUUCUGCCGCUGCCACCACAUCAGCACAGGAAGAGCCUGCAGCAGCACCAGAGCCCAGGAAGGAGACUGAGAGUGAAGCUGAGGAUGACAACCUUGACGACUUAGAGAGGCACCUACGGGAGAAGGCCCUGCGGUCCAUGCGGAAGGCUCAAGUGUCCCCACAGUCCUAAGCGGACAUGUUUGUUAUGUUGUAAAUUUUAUUUGGUUUGUACUCAAUUCAAUUUCAAAAUUGCUAAAAUGUGUUUGAGCUUUAGACUAUAACAUUUGUUGUAAUAAUUGCUAGGUUGAAGUUCACCAUGUUUAAAAAAGGGGGGGGGCAUGGAUUUACAUUACAAAGGUGUCCACAGUGCAUUAGUGACAUUCUUCCAUUGACAUUUAGAGUGACAUAUUUUAAGCCAAAAAAAAAAAAAUCUCUUUUUUAAAAAAGGGGGUUUGAAUAUUGUUGGCAUUCUUGUGGUUUCUUUAAAAGCCCUUGCCUCUCCCGAGAGGUUGUUUUUUUUUUUUUUU